GAGGGGACUUUGCCUUAUUCCUACAAUUUGUGCGUUGCCCAAACCGGAAAGGCAGAGUUUAACUUCCUAAAAUGUAAUGAGCUCUUGCAUUCCACUCAAGACAUAGUUUGCGGUGAUUCGUCUGGGGCCUUAAUUCCACUUCAGGGUGGGCAUGAUUUGACUGCACAUCCUGAGAUGCUCACACCGGUGAGUUACAUUUUUGUGUCUUCUGAAACAUUCUAUUGUUUUCUCUUAUUUGAGGCAUACUAUUGUAUUUUUUAAUAUGAGUCAUAUUUGGAAAAUCCAUAACUAAUCACCUUGUCUCAGUAUUUACUUUUUGCAAAUUACAUUUUUCAAGAGUUACUUGGUUUGUAAGUGCUCUAUAAUUCAGCAAUAAUGUCACUAAAUUGGCGAUAUCUAGUCAAGCUGAUUAGCAAAACAGGCGGUGGCUUCUUACUGAAUAAAUUAAUAAGUAAUUACUCAAGUUUGUUAAGAUUUAAGAUGAAUUUUCCAUAUUCUACUUAUAUAUUUUGAGUAUAAUAAUAUUAAGCCACUCAUUAAAUAUUCAAGCAGGUGCUUGUUUCAAAGAAACAUUUAUUGUAAAUAAUAUCCUGGCUAUAUUUAGGUAUCUUCAUUUAUUCUAAUAAUUAAAAUAACUAAGCAUUUGAGGGGAGAUGGUGAACAAAUCGAAAAGUUUCUGAAAUUCUAUGCAAAGUUAUAGAAAUACGUAUUUUCCUUGGGAGAUGAGUCAAACUUGUUUUCCAUUGCCAAGGUUUCUAUGCUCCCCAGAACUUAGUAACUACCCUAGAGGAUUUUUUCUCUUCAGCAUUUGGUUCUUCUGGCUUUCUUCUUAUGUUUAUUUAUCUUUUCUUGGAGCUCAAAUUGUACUCUUUCCUAAUCUUUUUUCCUCUACAUUGAAAAAGAAUGAAUUUCUAAGAAAGCAAAUGAACUGUCACUGCCUUUUGCACUCAGUCUCUGUCUCUAAUUGUCUGAUAUAAAGUCUUUGAAGACAAAAUAUAAAAUCUCUGAAAAGUUCCACACUUUGGAGGCAUAGUGACAUAAAUGGUCCUGAACAACCUGUUCUCUGUAUAAAAGAUGUGAACCUCUAAACUCCUCACCUUUGGGGAGAGAACUUCUGCUGGGUUGAUGGGCAGGUAGAAUUGAAGAUGUCUGAACCACUUCACUUUGGGCUUCCAUACAAAGUGCCAGAAGAGAUUGUUUGUAUGGGCAUCAAUGCUCUGAUGAAAACAGAUCAUUUGAGUAAAUACUUACUUAAAAAAAAAAACACCCUACAUCAUUAUUUUGUUUUUAAAAAUUGUAGCUUGAAAUUCUUAUAUUUUUCUUCCCAUUACCACACAGACAUGUUAUACUCCUUUUAGUUUGUGGUUACUUCAUUAAUUUAAAUAGGUCAAAUUAACUUCUAAUUAUAUAUGCCUACAAUAAAAAAAAACAUUGUUUUCAAAACAGUUCAUGGAGGCUCAAUAAAACUAUUUUAGAAAAGAAUAUUUUGAAAAAUUUUUACACAAUAUUAAUCAUCAACAAAUUUAAUUAAUUGGCCAAUUAGUUAAAGCUAAAAUAAAAAUUAUAAGUGAAUAUAGCUAGAAAUGAGUAUGUUUCUACUCAGAAAGUGUUACAAAUAUGUGUAUUUGACCAGUUAUUUUCAUUUGAUAUUUUAUAGUACUUUCCAUUUAUCCUACCCAAUAAGCAAUCUACAAGUAGUAGUUAACUUAAGGGAUAUCAGUUGAGAAGCCAUAGAAAUAUUGUAAAGUAAAAUGAAAGAUCCAACAAAGAGUACCGUGUUUUCCAUUGCACACAUAGUGGGUGCAGUAACUUCUCAGGACUCUGAGCGCCGCUGUUCUCCCAGAGAAACGCAGCCAGUGCUCAAUCCAGAUUCUCAGGGCUCCGACUACGCGAAGCUCCUCAGUUCCUACAAACCAGUUCCAGGGUUGCAGUGAAACUCACUCCAGAAUUUGAGGUGCGUAGGCUACAGAGGCUCCCAGCAGCCAGAGAAAGAAAAAGGAGUCGUUAAAACACACAACGUGCCCAGUGAUUACUUGGCGAGAAUUCCUUGACUAGACAACAAUGGCUGCUAAAAGGAACCACUCCAACCGCAAAGCGCUGGUUUUGUUCUGUCUUUUCCUCGGUUUGUCAUGGGAGGCUGAAGCCCGGCAGAUCCGCUACUCCGUUCCUGAGGAGUUAGAGAAAGGCUCUUUCGUCGGCAACAUCUCCAAGGACCUGGGGCUGGAGCCCUGGGAGCUGGCUGAGCCUGGAGUCCGCAUCGUCUCCAGAGGUAGGACGCAGCUUUUCGCUCUGAACCCGAGAAGUGGCAGUUUGGUCACCGCAGGCAGGAUAGACCGGGAGGAGCUCUGUGGUCAGAGUGCACGGUGUCUGGUGAAUUUUAACAUUCUUGUGGAAGAUAGGGUGGAACUUUUUGGGAUAGAAAUAGAAAUAACUGAUGUCAACGAUAAUGCCCCAAAAUUCCAAGCAGAAAAUGUAGAGGUAAAAAUUAAUGAAAAUGUCGCUCCAGGAAUGCGUUUUCCUCUCCUGGAAGCUGUUGACCCAGACGUGGGUGUGAACUCCCUCCAGAGCUACCAGCUCAGCUCCAAUAAGUACUUCUCAUUAGCAGUUCAGAGUCAUGCCAGUGGUGUCAAAUACCCAGAGCUGGUACUGAAGCACGCCCUGGAUCGUGAGGAAGAGGCACUACACCACCUGGUCCUCACUGCCUCCGAUGGGGGUGACCCUCUCCUAUCUGGUACAGUUCUCAUCAGUGUGAUCGUCUUUGAUACAAAUGACAAUGCACCGGUCUUUACCUUGCCAGAAUACCGAGUGAGUGUUCUGGAGAACUUGCCUGUGGGCACACAGCUGCUUACAGUCACUGCCACAGACAGGGAUGAAGGAGCCAAUGGAGAAGUCACAUAUUCAUUCCGAAAAUUUGUUCCUGACAAAUUGUUGAAAUUCCAACUAAACAAAAAUACUGGGGAAAUAAAAUUAUCAGAAAAUCUAGACUAUGAAGAAACAGAUUUCUAUGAAUUAGAAAUACAAGCAGAAGAUGGAGGAGCAUAUCUUGCAAUGGCAAAAGUAUUGAUUACAGUAGAAGAUGUAAAUGACAACAAUCCAGAGGUGACCAUCACAUCUCUGUUUAGUCCCCUGAUGGAAGACUCACCUCCGGGAACUAUUAUAGCCCUUUUAAAUGUGCAUGAUCCAGACUCUGGGCAGAAUGGACAGGUCACCUGUUCCAUAUCAGGCAAUCUACCAUUUAAGUUAGAGAAAUCCAUUGACGGUUAUUAUAGACUGGUGACACACAGAACCCUUGACAGGGAACAGGUAUCCUCUUACAAUAUCACAGUGACAGCCACAGAUGGAGGAAAUCCACCCCUAUUAACAGAAACUCACUUCACUGUGCAAGUGGCAGAUAUUAAUGACAACCCACCCACUUUUUCCCACAUCUCCUACUUCACCUAUAUCCCAGAGAACAACCCCAGAGGUGCCUCCAUCUUGUCUGUGACUGCACUAGACCCAGACAGCAAAGAGAAUGCUCAGGUUAUUUACUCCCUAGCUGAAGACACUUUCCAGGAAGCACCUCUAUCCUCCUACGUCUCCAUAAACUCUGACACAGGAGUCCUGUAUGCGUUGCGAACUUUCGACUAUGAGCAAUUUCAUGAUCUACAGAUUCAGGUGAUUGCCACUGACAGUGGGGACCCACCUCUCAGCAGCAAUGUUUCUGUGAGCAUAUUUGUGCUGGACCAGAAUGACAAUGCACCAGAGAUCCUGUACCCCACCCUACCCACUGACACUUCCACUGGAAUGGAGCUGGCACCCCGUUCUUCAGAGUCCGGCUAUUUGGUCACUAAGGUGGUGGCAGUGGACAAAGACUCAGGUCAGAAUGCCCGACUGUCCUACCGCCUGCUCAAGGCCAGCGAACCAGGGCUCUUCGCAGUGGGGCUGCACACAGGCGAGGUGCGCACAGCACGGGCCCUGCUGGACAGAGAUGUGCUCAAGCAGAGCCUGGUUGUGGCGGUGCAGGACCAUGGCCAGCCCCCUCUCUCAGCCACCGUCACACUCACUGUGGCCAUUGCUGACAGCAUCCCAGAUGUCCUGGCUGACCUGGGCAGUCUGGAAGUUCCACGUGACUCCGAAGCUUCAGGUCUAACGCUAUAUCUGGUCGUGGCGGUAGCCAUAGUUUCCUGCAUCUUCCUCGCUUUUGUCAUCAUGCUACUGGCUCUCAGGUUGAGGCGCUGGCACACAUCGCACCAGCUCCAAGCUUCAGGAGGCGGGCUAGUGGGUGUGCCCACCUCCCCCUUUGUGGGCGUGGAAGGGGUGCGGGCUUUCCUGCAGACGUAUUCCCAUGAGGUCUCCCUCACAGCAGACUCACGGAAGAGUCACGCGAUCUUCCCCGAGCCCAACUACGCCGACAUGCUCAUUAGCCAUGAGAGCUUUGAGAAAAAGGAUCCUUUGUCUUUGUUAGAUGAUUUGAAGUUACCUGUAGAAGAUAACCCUUUGGUUCCAGUGAGUUCUGGUUUUACUCUUUUUCUUUUAAGAAUUAUAAUUGGUUUUACUUUUAGGUUUGGCAUAAUGAUAGAAAAUUUUGGUCUUUAUUUUUUUCACUGUUCCAUUUCAAUGAUAUUUGUUUCUUGCUAAAACAUUGAAGAGUAGAAUUUGAUGGUUAUUAAGACUGAUAUGUUUUUAUUUUCUGGUAAAUAUUCACAUAAUUCCAAUGAAGGCCUAUGGUCACAAGGCUGUUACGAUUUUGCAGAGCAUUCUACUUUAUAGUUUUGUUGAGUACAGUACUGACAGUUCCUGAGAGUACCUCCAUAAGUGUCUGUCAAUUUAUGUACACUUCUCCUGGCCACAUGCUAAAAUCUUAGCCUCUUAGGCAACCUUAGCUCUUGUUUUGAAGGCAGGUCUGGUAAAAUAGGUGAAUAUCAGAGACAAAUCCAUUAACUUCGCUGGAAACAGUGAACAGGUUCCUCAGUGUUGUUUUUCCCAACGAGAAAAGCAAUACACCUUUGUGGUUUUAUUUUUCAAAAUAUACCUUACGGUGACAAUUACAGUUGAAUAUACUUCCUAGAAGGAUUUAAGUUUUUCAUUAAUAUUCUACUAACAAUUGUUAACAAUGUGUGCUUAAAAUUUUCCAAGUGUAAUCAUAAUUGGUAACAAUACAUUAGCAUCCUUUUUUUAAAGUUUAUUUUGAGAGAAAGCGCAUGCAUUGGAGGGGCAGAGAGAGAGGGAGAGAGAAUCCCAAGCAGGCUCCAUGCUGUCAGUGCAGAGCCCAACACAGAACACAUGGGGCUCAGGCCCACGAACUGAAAGAUCAUGAUCUGAGCCAAAAUCAAAAGUCAGAUGCUUAACGGACUGAGCUACCUAGGCACCCUGUAACAGUGUAGCAUCCUUUUUGCUUGUGAUUCUAAUUUCAUACUGUUAUGUGGAAGACAGCAUUUUAAUUUGACUUUCCUUGCUCACUAGGGAUGCUAAAGAACGUAUAGAAGGUUAAAGUAAGCAAAUUUUGGGUUAUGCUGCCAGCAUUUUUUGUUAAAUUCUCCAAAUAAGAAAAAACAUUUGUACAUGUGCCUAAGAACAGAAGCAAAAGAUGAGUUCCAAGGGUAUUUCAGUGGCUUUGUAACAUAGAAGAAAGAAGAUCCACCUGGAUUUAUGAAAAUUCUGACGUUAAGAAUCAAAAUAAACUAGGUCAAGAAAGAAAUGUCAUUUCUGUGGGAGAUCUGAAUAUAUGCAGAGAAGUACACAGAAGUAUUCUAAACAAUCAGUAAGUAGAGUUACUGAUGUGGCCAUUUACUUUAGUGAAGAUGGCGAUGUAUUUGGUUUGAUAUUGUACUUUUAACUUAUUACUAGUAUUCUUCCAAACCAAUAUGGUAGCAUUCAGUCCAAGAAUAUCCUAAUGUGUCUCAAAAUAUUUAUGAGACUGAUUUUUCUCAUUGUCAUCCAACAUUUGCUCAACAAUAGGUCUAUGGAAAGAGAGCACAUCCUUUAGGGUCAUAGUUAUUAACUUAAAUCAUUGAAAGUCAUUUUAAAUCUAUCUUUGGGAGUCAAAAUUAUUACGCAUCUAUAUCUAAAUAAUUCUGUUCUGAAAAAUACAGGGUUUUUAAAAAACUA